UAUAUGUCAUAGAAUAUAGUUUCAUUUACCUUAAUACUAAAUCAAAAUCUCAUCCAAACAUUAAAUUUCUCAGACUCAGAGACAGACAUAAUAUGGCAACUGGAAUUAUGGAGGUCAUGCUAGUGAAUGCCAAGGGUCUUGGAGACACUGAUUUUAUUGGUGACAUGGAUCCUUAUGUGCUGAUUCAAUACAAAGGCCAAGAGCGCAAGAGCACUGUAGCCCGAGGACAAGGCAGUAGCCCAUCAUGGAACGAAAAAUUCAGCUUUAGAGCAGAUUAUCCAGGUUCUGGAGAUAACUUCAAGCUCAUCUUCAAAAUCAUGGACAAGGACACUUUUUCCACUGAUGAUUACAUCGGCCAAGCUAUGAUCCAUGUUAAGGAUUUAUUGGCUCUUGGAGCUGAGAAAGGAAAUGCUCAAUUACAUGCUAGCAAAUACCGAGUAGUUGACGCUGACCAAAAAUAUCGAGGAGAGAUUCAAGUUGGUGUAACUUUCACACGCAAGGAAGAGCAUGACAAUGGAGUGAAGUAUGGAGGAUGGAAAGAAAGCAAUUUCUAGUUUUUCUUUAUUAUGUUGUUCUAAAGUCCAAACAGAAAGAUUUGAGUUUUUUUUUUCUGUAUUCUUUUAUUUAUUUAUUUAUGCCUUUGUCGUAGGUUCUCUUUGUAAUUAGUUUCAAGAAUGAUCCUUGUAAUUAAAAUUCUAAUUCUAAUUGUAAUGGUAGUGGUUAAAAUGAAUUAAAUUUCUUUUUCAUUCAACUAAUAAA